CCAGAAGGCGCAGAGGCAAACCCGGAAACGGAAUUCCUCCCUCGUUUCGAAAGCAAUGUAUUUCGUACUGGGUAUAAGACUCGACCUGUACCAGCAAACUGGUAGAGUCCAGUAACUACUACAGCUGCGCCUCUACGCUCCGAAGAUGUUUGGCCGUACACUUACCCGCCAGUUGUCGCGCCCGGCCUGGCGCCGUUGGCUGUCCACCGCGUCGGGUUCAGGCCUUCGCAUCAACUCGGAUCGCCUCAUGGAGACUCUCCAUCAAACAUGUGAAUGGGGAGCUGCCCAUCGCUACGGCGAAGGUUCGACAGAGACCGGUAUGGCUCGACUAUGCCUGACUGACGAGGAUGCCAAAGUGCGCCAUUGGCUGCGGGAAGAAGUUGAGAAGCUGGACUGUACAGUGACGGUCGACCAGAUGGGCAACAUGUUUGCCAGACAGCGAGGGUCCCUGGGCUCUCCCGCGCCUAUGACGGCCAUGGGCAGCCAUCUCGACACUCAGCCCCGAGGUGGUCGCUAUGACGGGAUUCUGGGUGUUCUCGCAGCCCUGGAGGUAUUGCGCACCAUGAAGGAGAAUGGAUUCCGAACCAACUUUGACAUCGGAUUGGUUAACUGGACCAAUGAGGAAGGUGCUCGGUUCCCCAAGUCCAUGUGCUCCUCCGGUGUCUGGGCUGGAGAAAUCCCCCUAGAAAAAGCCUGGGGACUGACAGACAUCUACAACCCGGCCGUGACCCUGCGCUCAGAGUUGGAGCGCCACGGCUUCCUCGGUUCGGUGGCCUGCUCCCAUGACUCAGCUACUGGAUAUCCGCUCGGUGCUCAUUUCGAGCUCCACAUCGAACAGGGACCUAUCCUCGAGGAGGCGGGCAAGUCUGUAGGUAUCGUGCGUGGAGCGCAGGGAUACCGGUGGUUCACCAUAACGGUGGGUGGUCGUGAUGCCCACACCGGAACGACACCCCUGGCAGCGCGGCGGGAUCCCGUUCUCGCUGCGUCCAAGAUGAUCGUGGCCUCCAAUGCCAUUGCCAAACGACAUGGCGCACUCGCCUCCACGGGUGUGAUGAAGCUGCCUCGCAGUUCCUCCACCAACACAGUUGCCUCCAAAGUGACCUUCACCCUGGACAUCCGCCAUCCCCAGGACGCUGUGGUGCACGCGGUGCAGGACGAAUGUCUGGAGGCGUUUGCUGAAAUUGCGCAGGAGGACGGCAAGGGCGUCUCGCUGGACUGGACGCUGGAUACUGAUUCUGCGGCUGUCAAGUUCGACGAGCACUGCAUCACCGCUAUCCAGGAUGCAGCCACGCAGCUGGUCGGAAAGGACCAAUGGAUGCAAUUGACUAGUGGAGCGGGCCACGAUAGUGUUUAUACUAGUCGGCAUUGUCCCACAGCGAUGAUCUUUGUGCCGUGCAAGGAGGGUGUCAGUCAUCAUCCCGAGGAGUAUUGUAGCCCGGCUGAUUGUGCUCUCGGUACUCAGACGCUGCUGGAGGCUGUGGUCAACUAUGAUCGCAUGAGAGGGGAUCUUUCCAAGGCCUAGAAUGAUGGCUAACACAGUCACACUUUUGCUACCUUGUGGCGUACCCUUUAGUAUACAUUUCCGAAUCCUUUCUCGGCUGUUUUAGGUUAUAGACAUCUUAUUCAAAUUCU